AUGGAUUUGUCGCCCGCAUCUUCCAAAGCUGCCAGUACGAAGACCAGUAGCCUGACAAAGUCUGACAGACCAGUGCCUUCUAUGCCUGCUGAUUCCACUGCCAAAGCUCCUGGUGCGAUGACCAGUGGCCCCUCAAAGUCUGAGAGAUCGAUGCCAUCUAUCCCUGCUGAUUCCACUGCCAAUGGUCCUGUCAGUGGCCUGAUGAAGUCUGAGAGACCAGGGUCUUCUACCCCUGCGGUUUCCACUUCCCAGACUCCAGCUGCGAAGAUCAGUGGCCCAACACAGGCUCAGAAACCAGUGCCAUCUAUCCCUGCUGAUUCCACUGCCAAUGGUCCUGUCAGUGGCCUGAUGAAGUCUGAGAGACCAGGGUCUUCUACCCCUGCGGUUUCCACUUCCCAGACUCCAGCUGCGAAGAUCAGUGGCCCAACACAGGCUCAGAAACCAGUGCCUUCUAUCCCUGCUGAUUCCACUGCAUCAGAUUCCACAGUGAAUUCAUCAAUGAAGGGGGAUCCGGCAAAUGCACCAUCAGAAGCCAGACCUACCACUGAUGGCACGACUGAGAUUGAACCAGCCAAGAAGAAGAGGCGCACUAUCUCAGAUGAGUUGGAGAAUGUGGAUCUCUCUUGCGCAGAAGGGAUGGACUUGCAGGAUGCAUUGGGGGCAUGCAUUGCCAAGAUUCAAUCUCAGAGACAAUCCAACCUGAAACUUUCCAAGAAGAAACAGAGAGGGAAAAAGAUCUUGAGAAAGGCAGGAUUGGAUUUCAACUUUCAUUUUCAGAAGCGGCAUGGGUGCAGGCUGGAGAGUGGCCACUGGGACAACUUCUUGUUUGCCGUGAACGAUAUCAGGAUUCCUGAGGACGAGCAGGAUGUUGGGGAGCUUCCUGAAGAAUGUGAGACGGUGCUGGGCUGUCAAAAGUGCCGAUCUCUGCUCACUGAUUUCAAGAUUGUGGAAGUGCGUGACAAACUGGCAGAGGAGGAGGAUGCAGCACGUUUCAAGAUCAACAAGAACUUGUCUCCUGCAAGCCAAGACUCACCCGCUGCAAGCAGCCAUUCGAACAGUCCGUCCAAUCCAUCUCCAGGAGCUAGCCAGGAGGAUCCAGGCGAUCAAACGGGCAAGAGGAAGAGGGCUGGGCGGCCGAAGAAGGGUGAAUCUCCGGAGUUCAAUGUGCUAGACUUUUUGGCUGCUCACAGGGCUGGCACGUACAAAGUCCUGACUCGCGAGGAGGCCAAAGAGCGUUUGCCAUCAAACAAGCAAAGUGAUGAUGACGUUCAGAAGGAGUUAGAUCAGCGUCCAGUUCAAUGCACCAAGUGCGGCGUCUUUUUCCACCUACCGCAUCUGAGCAAUGAUGUUGCGCUGAAGAGGCAUGAGGCUUCGCAGUACCACAGAAAAGCUAUGUGCUCAAAUGAUGAUUCUCUCAUGUCUGAUUGCAGUGGUCUAGAUCUUUCUUCUGCGGAUGGUGUGAAAAGUCUCAUCGGAAGUGGUCACAAUCCAGAGCUUGUGGAGAUGUGGCUGAAAAGCGGAUCAGUGGCUGUGCUGGGAUCACCUCUGGAUUCUGUGCGUAUUGGUUGGACCGCUGGUGGGACCCUUGUGGUUCAGGAUUCUCGCUGUUCAAAUGUGUGUGAGAGAGGCCGUGAUGCCUGCAAACAGUGUCUCAUGGCUGGGAACCGGACAAAGGUCAUGGCGACAAUUCGGGAAUGGUGUGUCAGGAUUUCCUUCGUUGAUCUGACGCAUUGUGCAUUGAAGCAUAGCAGGUCAGAGCAAGCAGCUCAAGCAAACUUCAUGAAGGAAAUGUUUGUUGAAUUGCAGCAUGAGCCGCUGGCGACCACUGAGUUCAAGGAUUUGCUGACCAGGAGCCGAAACAUGUUCAUGCCCAUUGGCACAAACCGCCAGAAUGAAGCUCUCCAAACCUUCAUUCAGCGCAGUUUGAAGUUCUUGGCUCCAAAGAUGAUGGUUGGUGUGGCUCCAGAAGUGAGGAGACAGGUCUUUGACUACGUGGACGCAUUGUCUGACGGAAGGCUGCUUCCCCAUGAGUCUUCUGCGCUGGACAGGGAACUGAUCCAAAAUGGAGCUUUGCGUGCAGAUGUCUUUGCAGGCACUCUAGACAAUGUGACCACAAGCUUGGGCCUUCUUCGCAAUCAGGACUAUUACCAGCUUGUGAGGGAUGAGGUUGUUUUUGCUCGCUCGUUUAACGUGAUUUAUGGCAUGAGGUUGGCAAUGGCUUCUUCAGCGCGCGCUGAUGGCUCAACGGCUGUGGCAAAGGGUGCAGACAACUUGUUGCUUUUGACUCCCAAGCGCCCCACACGUGGUGGGUUGCCGGAGACACCAGGCAGCAGCAAGACCACCCCUGGAAAGUCCUCGCCUCCAAAGACUUUCCGCCGUGCCAAUGCUAUGAGCCCUUCUUCUUUUGCAGGCAAGAUGCCUCCAGCUACCCCGACCAAAGCGACUGUGAAGAGUGCCAUGAAAGUCAGUCCUUUGUCGAUGAAGGCCAGCCCGAUGACAAAGAAUUCCAGCCCAAAAGAUGUGAAGAGCCCAGGGCAUGCCAUGAAGAGUCCCAAGAAAGCGGUACCAGUUUCCAAGGGUUCCAAGGGUUCAGCCAUGAAGUCAAAGACGAAGAAGCUUGCCAUGAAGAGCAUGGGGAGCAUGAAAUGUGCCAUGAAAUCAUCGUCUUCUUCUUCGAAGGCACCAUCUAAGGCCAAAGUGAAGAAGACGGUGAUCAAGAUCAAAGGCAGUGCACCAGUCAUGAAAUCAGCCAAAGGUGCCAACACUCGCAAGAAGCCAGCCAUGAAUGUGAAAGUCCAACAGGAUUCUGGCUCUGACGUGACCAUCACGGUCAGUGAUCCAGGCAUGAUCAUGGUGGAGCGUCAUCACGAUGCACGUGAUGCAGAGGGCAAAACGAAGUUCUGGUCGAAGGACAGCCCUGAUGAGCUUCAUGACUUCCUGAGCAAGUGUUAUCCUGAAUGGGUGGAGGUCUAUGAUUGGAACACCAGCUAUGUGAUCGAGGGCACUCACAUUACGGCUGACCCGUGGCCUGUGUGGGCACGCAAUGAACUUGAAAGACACAACUGGAACUUUAUGGAGCGCAAGGGCAACCGUGAGCGCUGGGAGAAGAACCAGUAA